GGUAAGGAGUUCAAGGCAGCGCCUACACCCGGGGGCUCUCCGCAACCCGACCGUCUGUCCGCUCCCCCCCUUCCCACCCGCCCUCCCACUCAUUCACUCACCCACCCACCCAGAGCCGGGACGGCAGCCCAGGAGCCGGGGCCCCGCCGCCUCCUUGCCGCGAUCCUGGACUUCCUCCUGCCGCAGGAGCCGGCUUCCACGUGUGCCCCGGAGUCGGCGUCUUCUCACUCGCUCCGCUCCGGGUCUGGGUACCUUCAGCAGCCCGAGCAGCCGGGGCUCCGGGGCCCAGGUGGCUUCUGGGCCAAAUUAGGUGCGGCCGAGUCCAGCGCCGAGCGUCUGCAAGGCCGAAGAAGCCGCGGGGCGUCCGGGGCUGAGCCGCAGCAAAUGGGCUCUGACGUGCGGGACCUGAAUGCGCUGCUGCCGGCGGUACCCUCGCUUGGUGGCGGCGGUGGCUGCGCCCUGCCCGUGAGCGGCGCCGCGCAGUGGGCGCCCGUGCUGGAUUUUGCACCCCCGGGCGCCUCGGCUUACGGUUCGCUGGGCGGUCCUGCGCCGCCGCCUGCUCCGCCGCCACCCCCGCCGCCGCCGCCGCCUCACUCCUUCAUCAAACAGGAGCCGAGCUGGGGCGGCGCGGAGCCGCACGAGGAGCAGUGCUUGAGCGCCUUCACCGUGCAUUUCUCCGGCCAGUUCACCGGCACAGCUGGAGCCUGUCGCUACGGUCCCUUCGGUCCUCCUCCGCCCAGCCAGCCGUCCUCCGGCCAGGCCAGGAUGUUCCCCAACCCGCCCUACCUGCCCAGCUGCCUCGAGAGCCAGCCCGCUAUUCGCAACCAGGGAUACAGUACAGUCACCUUCGACGGGACGCCCAGCUACGGUCACACGCCCUCGCACCACGCAGCGCAGUUCCCCAACCACUCUUUCAAGCACGAGGACCCCAUGGGCCAGCAGGGCUCUCUGGGCGAGCAGCAGUACUCUGUGCCGCCCCCAGUCUAUGGCUGCCACACCCCUACCGACAGCUGCACAGGCAGCCAGGCCCUGCUGCUGAGGACGCCCUACAGCAGUGACAAUUUAUACCAAAUGACCUCCCAGCUUGAAUGCAUGACCUGGAAUCAGAUGAACUUAGGAGCCACUUUAAAGGGAGUUGCUGCUGGGAGCUCCAGCUCAGUGAAAUGGACAGAAGGGCAGAGCAACCACGGCACAGGGUAUGAGAGUGAUAACCACACGACUCCCAUCCUCUGCGGCGCCCAGUACAGAAUACACACCCACGGCGUCUUCAGGGGCAUUCAGGAUGUGCGACGUGUGCCCGGAGUUGCCCCGACUCUUGUCCGGUCGGCAUCUGAGACCAGUGAGAAACGCCCCUUCAUGUGUGCUUACCCGGGCUGCAAUAAGAGAUAUUUUAAGCUGUCACACUUACAGAUGCACAGCCGGAAGCACACUGGUGAGAAACCAUACCAGUGUGACUUCAAGGACUGUGAACGAAGGUUUUCUCGUUCAGACCAGCUCAAAAGACACCAAAGGAGACACACAGGUGUGAAACCAUUCCAGUGUAAAACUUGUCAGCGAAAGUUCUCCCGGUCUGACCACCUGAAGACCCACACCAGGACUCAUACAGGUAAAACAAGUGAAAAGCCCUUCAGCUGUCGGUGGCCCAGUUGUCAGAAAAAGUUUGCCCGCUCAGACGAAUUAGUCCGCCAUCACAACAUGCACCAGAGAAACAUGACCAAACUCCAGCUGGCGCUUUGAGGGGGUCCGACCGGGGGACACAUCUGUGUCCCAGGCAGGACAGUGUGUGAACUCCUUGCAAAUCUGACUUAAAAAUUCCUCCUCACUCACCUCUCUGAGAAGGAAAUGGCAGGUGGUCUUCUUCAUCCAGCUUCCAAGACAAGAUGCCUGUACUACUGGAUCCUACCAGGUUUGCCCGGAGGCGUUGGGCUCUGCUUGGCUUGCUUUUAGUUGACUCAGAGGCCCUGGAGAAGUGGCUGACAAUGUCGUUAGUUAAAAUCCCAUCUCUGCCAUUUGGUCUGGAUUUUCCACUGUAAGAAAAGCCAUUGUUGAUAAUGUCCCCCCACCCCCUCUUCUCCUUUUACACUCCUUUUCACUAGGAAUGGAGUCAUUGUACCAUUUUCCAUCAUAGAAUAUUUAUAGGCCAGGGCAUGUGUAUGUGUCUGCUAAUGUAAACUUUGCCAUGGUUUCCAUUUACUAACAGCCAGAAAUAAAUCAGAGAGCAAGGCACUGGGGCUGAGUCCCAUCCGACAUUCCGGAGGUUAGGCAGGCCGCUAACGUGGAAGGCAGGAUGUAAUGCUACCAGGCACCUUAAAAAACGUGUGCGUUUCUAGCAGCUGAAGAAAGAAUCAGAACUAACCAGUACCUCUGCAGAAAAAUCUAAAAGAACCUUCCCGUUCAACUAAUUCAAUGUUAACAUUAGCGCAAUGCUGUUGAGAAACUGUGCUUGGAGAUCUGAGAUUUUGGUUUUGUUUAUUUUCGACUUUUUUGAGUUGUAAUCACAUGCAUCUUCAGAGAUGUACAUAUCUCCUCACACAAAGGAAGUGGAAUUCAUUUUUAUCAUCUGGGGUGUCCUUAGAGUGUACAGACCACGAUGGGUAUGUGGCUUCAAGUUGUAAAAAUUAAAGUGAUUCUAGAAGAAAAUUGGGCUGGUCCAGGAUCUCCACUGAUUAAGACUGUUGUUAAGUAACUUUGAGUCUACCAGUGUAUGUGACAGAAUGAGACUUACUAGUGUGAGGAAAUCCAUUGUUUAACGGUGGUUGAGUGUGUGUGUGUGUGCGCGCGCGUGCAUGUGUGUGCUUAAAGGAGGGUGUUUAUUAUUUACUGUUGCUUGAAAUUACUGUGUAAAUAUAUAUAUCUGAUAAUGAUUUGCUCUUUGACAACUAAACUUAGGAAAUGUAUAAAUGUUAGAUGCAUCACUGUUUUGGUGUUGAUCUUACAACGUAUCAAUGAUAACACUAAAAAUGUAACCUGCAUUUUUCACUUCACUCUCAAUUAAAGUCUAUUCAAAAGGAAAGU